AAAUCACAAUGUCAAAUGCUAUAGCGUGUCAAUAUUAACGCCUUUAUUUUUUAUUUUAAAAGCAUUAACCUAACUACAUUAAAUUAUUAAAAUUUACUAAUUUUACUAAUUACAGUAAAAGUAAAUGCUGAUUUGUGGUAACACGCUAACUUUAAUGUGUAUCAAUAAAUUAUGCCAAGUGGUCUUCUCUUUAAUAUCAGUUCUGAUCAUUUACAUCACUUCAACGAAGAUUUGUUACGAAGAAGAGCGCAGAGAUGUAAUUAUCGUGGGUUGUUUAGGGUUUGGUACAAUUUCUUUGGUUUUUCUAAUCUCAAGAUUAACAGAACCCCCAGUUGAAGGUAUAGAGAUAUGUUUGCUUUUUAUGGGAUUUGUAUUUAACGCUAUUGGUGGAUUCUUUGCACUGUUUGCUACUAGGAAGUCGGCUCUCUACAGAGAAUCCGUAGAGCAAACUGGUAGACUUUGGAUUCCUUUAAGUAAGGACGAUGAUUUGAGCAAUAAUAAAUUGAUUGGGACGUUUUGUAUAUUAACCGGAGUUUUUAUGUUAAUCGAUGUUAUUAUUCAACUUGGUGCGGUUACUAAUGAAAAAUAUAUUGAAGAGGAAACGUAA